UCAGUUGCUUGUUUGUUUCUUUCUUUUCUUUUUGAUGGGUUCAGAGGGGGAAGACGGGUUGAAAAAAGAGAAAUAUGGUGAAGUUAAGAAAGAGAAAAGGUUGCACAGUGACUCAAUCUGCACACAACAAAACUGUGUAAGUUUGGGUUGUUUUGGCCGUGGAAGUUUUGCUUGCUUGUUUCCUCACAAGUAAAACAACUUGUGCUUAACACACUUCUAGCUCUCUAAAACUCUUUCUCUCGCUAAACAUCUACAAAAGCAAGUAAAGGGUGGUCUGAUCUAAAUAGAUCUGUUCUGUUAUUAGAGUACUGCUUCUUUGCCAUCAGUCAUGAAGAGACUUGGCAGCUCAGAUUCCUUGGGUGCUUUGAUCUCCAUCUGUCCAACCACAGAAGAACACAGUCCGGGACACAACCAUGUUUAUCCUAGGGAGUUUCAGUCCAUGUUGGAAGGACUAGAUGAAGAAGGCUGUGUGGAAGAAUCAGGCCAAAUAAUGGAGAAAAAAAGGCGAUUAAGCGUAGAGCAAGUGAAGGCCUUGGAGAAGAAUUUUGAAGUGGAAAACAAGCUUGAACCAGAGAGAAAAGUGAAGCUUGCCCAAGAUCUUGGCUUGCAACCGAGACAAGUUGCUGUUUGGUUCCAAAACCGCCGAGCUAGGUGGAAAACCAAGCAAUUGGAGAGAGACUAUGGCCUUCUCAAAGCUAAUUUUGAUGCUCUCAACCAUAACUAUGACACACUCCAACAUGAGAAUGAAGCUUUACUCAAACAGAUAAGAGAACUGAAAUCGAAGUUACAUGAGGAGAACACUGAUCAGACCAACGCUAUGUUGAAAGAAGAGACAAUUGUGUCUGAAAGUGACAACAAAAUAAUGGAAGACACUAAACCAGAUGCAAAUUCACUUGCUAAAGGUGAAGCCACUGAGAUGAACUACAAGAGCUUCACCACCAACAACAAUGGCGGGCUUGGAGGCUCAGUGUUUCCAGAUCUCAAAGAUGGGUCUUCUGAUAGCGAUUCGAGCGCAAUAUUGAAUGAAGACAUGAAUAAUAGCCCGAACGCGGCCAUUUCUUCAUCUGGGGUUCUUCAAGGUCACCAGUUCAUGGUAUCAAAUGAAUCUUCAAUUUUGAAAUUCAACUGUUCUUCGACGACGUCGUCGUCGCCGUCGUCCAUGAAUUGCUUCCAAUUCUCGGACUCGAAAUUGAUUCUUGGGGAUGCCCAGAAGGCGUAUCAGCCGCAGUUUGUGAAGAUUGAGGAGCACAAUUUUUUUGGUGGUGAUGAGUCCUGCAAUUUCUUCUCUGAUGAUCAAGCUCCAACUCUUCAAUGGUACUGUCCUGAUCACUGGACUUGAAGAAAAAAAAAAACCCACAUCAAGAAGCUGAAAAAAUAAGGAGGAGAGAGAGAGGUGUGAAAAUUGCCGAAAUUUUGUAAAACCAAGAAGUGGACUAGUUGAGUAUAUAUGUAAAUUACCUUUGCUCUCUCCAUUGUACAAAGUGAAGUUGCAGAGAAGUGAAGAAGAUGAGAAAAAAGCCAAGGGAGAGAGAGGGGUUCACGUGGCGGAACUGGUGGAAAUUGGAAGGUGGUGAAGGGUGAGGAUGAUUAGGCCGUAAUUGAGCUUUCACUCUCUUCUGCUGUUAAAAGAAGAAAAAAGAUUAGAAGUUGAUGAGGGAAAAUGAUGUAAUGGUGGAAAAUAAUCAUUGGCUCUUUCUUAAAGAUAGCUAAACUAUAUACAUGCAUUUAAUAUGUUUACAGCUGCUUUGUAAUGCAUGAAGGGGAUAGUCGUAUAAUUAUCAGUAGAGUAAUACUAGACUAGAAUUGGAUUAUAGAAAUUAUUAAGGUUGUAGGAAAUUAAUGAUUCAAACUACUGUUUUUGUUAAAGGAAAAUUACACUCACUCCCCCUUAUAGCUAAUUGAAAUAACAAAGUGUCCUCAUAGUUUCUAAAAUUACACAAG